AACUCCCAUCAGCCCCUGCGGCGCAUGUGUUAGCGUAUUACAGUGCUGACAUGGCUGCUCCCAUCGGCUGUGCACUACGGUUCUUCUUAUGGAGCAUUAUAGUAUUGAUUUGGGUGUGCUGUAUACCCUGCACCCAUGCCCUGAUAGAGGGGCUUUACUGCGGUACUCAGAUAUGCUAUGAUGUCCUGGGAGUGAGCAGAGACGCUUCUAAAGCCGAGAUCGGCCGCGCUUACAGACAGCUGGCCCGCAUAUACCACCCCGACCGCUACCAGGCUGGAGAUCCGGCCCUGUCCGGAGAGAGUCCUCAGAGUGCCCAGCAGAAGUUCCUGCUCAUCGCUACAGCUUAUGAGACUUUAAAAGAUGAUGAAUCUCGGAGGGACUAUGACUACAUGCUGGAUCAUCCAGAGCAAUACUACAGCCACUACUACACUUACUAUAGAAGACGACUGGCACCCAAAGUGGAUGUUCGACUGGUCAUCCUUGUGACUGUGUGUGCUAUCUCAAUUUUUCAGUAUUACAGCUGGUGGAGCAGCUACACAGAUGCCAUCAACUACUUAACCACAGUCCCCAAAUACCGCAUUCAGGCCACCGAGCUGGCCAAGCAGCAAGGUCUGUUAAACCGCACCAAAGAGAAAGGCAAGAACCGGCGAUCCAAAGAGGAGAUCCGCGAGGAAGAGGAGGAGAUCAUACGAGACAUCAUCAAGAACAAAAUUGACAUCAAAGGUGGCUACCAAAAGCCCAACAUCUCAGACAUCCUGCUGUUCAGAAUCAUUCUGUUUCCUUACCACCUGUGUAUCUACGUGGCCUGGUACUGCUCGUGGGUCUAUCGCUUUACUAUUCGAGGUGAAGAGUACUCCGAGGAGGAGAAGCUCUACAUUAUCCGCAAGCACAUGAAGAUGUCACAGGCUCAGUUCGACAGCUUGGAAGACCACCAGAAACAGACCUUUCUGGAGCACCAGCUGUGGAAAAAGGAGAACUAUGAGGUUUAUAAGAAAGAGCAGGAGGAGGAGAUGAAGAUAAAGAUGGCUAUAGACCCUCGGUGGAAGCGUUACAGACGCUGGAUGAAGACUGAAGGACCUGGCCGCAUGACCUUUGCUGAUGACUAAAUGCACUCACCUCACACACAUGCUUCUGAUUACACAAACGAGAGUGAGCGCAUAUGAAGGAGCACACAUGUUUACAGAGCACUUUUGUGUGCAUUCUUUCAAAGUUUUUGACUGUAAUUCACUGAUAUGAAUACAACUUUAAAGAGAGGGCUGUGUUUGUACAGAAGCUGCUGUAACUGCUGUCUGGCUCUUUGGAGCUCUUCGAAGCUGAUCUGAGAUCCGUUUUGGAGUUUACUGCAGUUUUCUGUGUUAUUAGCAAUCAGAGCAGUGCGCUCAUCCACAUCGCUGCUGUCGUCUUGGCCUUCAGUCGUAUAAAAAAGGCUGCCUUUAAGUUUGUUGGUACCUGUUUUACCUCUUUACAUAUCACAAUAAUGAAAUAUUAUAUUUUUAAACUAAUAUUAAAGUGACUGUUAAAUAAACCCAA